AUGGCUUCCGGUCCGAAUACAUUCGUGACCAUGGGGGUCUUCACAGCCGAGAAAUUCCAAGGCAACCCGCUGGCAAUUGUGUCGGUCCACGGAAACUCGCUUUCCCAGGAGCGCAAGGCUCUGAUUGCAAAGGAGUUCAAAUACUCGGAGACUUGCUUUUUACAUGAUGCUCCAGCACCGGGCCAGCCUCGGACUCUCGAGAUAUUUACCGAAAUAGGCGAGGAAUUGCCCUUCGCUGGGCAUCCUGUUAUUGGGACAGCACAUUAUAUCUUCCAGUACCUUGAGAAGAUGCAGUAUGGUGGACCGGCCGACCGUGACAACCAACGCCAGACCGCUGUCCUAUUGACCAAGGCCGGAAGGAUCCCAAUUUUCUUCAACCCUUAUCGCCAGGUGGCAGCCUGCGCUGUGCCUCAUAACUUCCACGUCCAUUCACAACGGGUCCCUGUUGACAAGAUCAUAGCAACCCAACCACAUGUUCAAAUCAUUCCUACCAUUGACAAGGAGAAGGGCAAGACGUAUCCUCUCGUUUCGAUUGUGAAAGGAAUGAGCUUCGUCCUCGUCGACCUGACCGACAAUCCCCCAUUCUUUGCAGCGGUUCAAGCUGGCAAAUCACCUGAGGUGGAGCUUGAUGAGGAGUGGUCGCCCAGCUUCGUUGGCUGCAUGUACUACAAGCUUCUGCCCAACCUGGAACAAGCUGGCGAGCCGCCUAUACACAAUGUGCAAGCUCGAAUGAUCUCCCACGGCAUUGAAGACCCCGGCACUGGAAGCGCCGUUUCCGCCUUGUCAUGCUAUCUGGCACUGCAUGGAGUAGCGGCGGCUCCUGAUCAAACGACCCAACCCAAAACAGAGGAGGACCUGGCGAAGAAGGCCGAGGAGCUGAAGCUUGAGCCUAAAACGGAGCGGAAGGUAUUCGGCAUUCAACAAGGCGUGGAGAUGGGACGUGUAUGCACAAUUGCCGUGGAAGUGGACGUCAAGACAGACACAGACGGGUCGACCAGCAUCGCAAAUGUGAUUCUGUCUGGCAGGGCUACCAUGGUGACCGAAGGCAAACAUUUUGGGUAG